AUGCAGUGGCAAAAGAAAAAAGCUAACGCUCUUCUUCGUUUGUGUUCUGUCGUGGGUCCUGUUAUGUCUUGAUAACGACUUGCGAAGCUGAAUUAGCAUGGAUGGACGAGUUGAUGAAAGACUACGUUGACCUCUUCAGAUAUUUUCACCCAUACGCGAGCGAUGCAUUUUCUUGCUGGGAUCAGCGGAACGAUGCACGCUCUCGCAACGAAGGCGUAAGGAUCGAUUACACAAUCUGCGACAAAGGUUUUCUGCCCCAGAUAGUGACCACCGACAUCCUGAAUCUGCCGAAGAAGUGGAGUGACCAUACGGCGGUCAGCGUUACGUUGUUAGAACAGCCUCGUUUGGCAGAUCAUCCUCGGCCGAAGCUCUCUGCCACAAAUAUAAAGCAGCUUCGGGAAGACAGGCGGCAGAAGAGGCUGACAUCACUUUUUGUUAGGAAACCAGCUGCAGGGAGCGAUGCUGCUGCCUACUCGCCUAGCCAUCCUGGUGGUGGAAAUGUGGCACUGACACCAACGAGGUCAGGUUUAUCAACCUCAGCAGUCGAAUCGGACACAAGGGAAUCCAUUUCGCUGACUAUUUCUGUAGAUAAGCACACAACAGAUGCAAAAAAUGCUAGCCAGCUUAGGAACCUGCCCAGCCAGGCAGUGCAUGGGCCUAUUGAGACCAAAAGUCCACCUGUACUGGAAUUGGACAGUGCUUCGAAUGACAUGGUGGUGGGAGCAGCGGACUCUCAUAAAGCUGGCGGGCAAUCUUCGAAUGAAACGGUGAUGGCAGCCGUGGACUCUAAUCAAGCUGCUGAUGCUACGAAUGCAGCAAAAAGAAGUCCUGCUUUCACAGCUGAAGGUACUUUCGAUGGUGAUGCUGAUCACAGAGCGGGCAAGACUUGCACAGCCGGUGCCAUCAGACAAAAUGAUGAUAGAUUAGCACCAAGUGAAUUGGCGAUAAGACAAUGUCAUGGUCUCCCUGAGGAGACCAGAAUGUCAGCUACUGCUGCAGAGAAGUCAGAGCUGCAGGGUCAAGCUCGUGGAGUUUCAACAAGUGCCGAAUGUGUGCCUGAUGAUAAUCGAUGCGUUGACGUUUGGGGAGGAAGUCGGAUUGUGUGUGAGGGCGAGCCAAAAGCUAUCUCGCGACACACCACCGACACCGAAUGGAAAGACGAUUCCGAGCGUAAAGACGUGGGUGGUGGUGGUCGUAGUGGAAGCGCGGAAUGUCCAAAGAAAGCAAUGCCUGCAGAAAUGGAGGGUGUAGAGAAGAUGGCAGCAGCAGCUGCAGCAGCAGGAGGAGGAGGAGGAGGAGAGAACCAAGUGGGUAAAGAUGCAGAGCAGUGCGAGCUAGAGAAAGUCUCAGAGGUCAAUUGGAGAGAUUCACACAACUUGAGGGGAAGCAGAAAAGACGGAGGGAGGCAAGUCGUCUUGCGACCGAAUGCCCCUUCCAGGGGCCAACAGCAUGCUGAUUUGCUGGAUGACGAAGGGAGGCAAGUUGUCUUGCGACCAAGUACCCCUUCCAGGGUCCUUUCGGAUGCAAAUCAUCUCCUUGAGCGUUCGGACCAGGGAAAUCUGCUCGAGGUUUUGGAACAAGGAAAUCCGCUUAAAGCUGCUGACCAGAAAAGCCUCUCCAAGCCUUCAGACACUCGGAAGAAUCCACUUAAGCUUUCAGAUGAUCAGCUAAUCAGUCGCAAAGCUGCUCAAGGCCCCAAAAAAGCAGGCGCUGCUCAUCCUAAAUCAAGUCUCUCUGUUUCAGGUAGGACUGGUGCAAAGCAAAGGGGUAUAGAAACCUUCUUUUCUCCUAUCGGUGGGAAACCCAUGCCUGGAGCCCCUGCGGAAAAGAGGCGAAAGUUGUAGACAUUACUGCCCUUUGGUGUUCUGGUACCUGUACGCUCUCCGUGUUUUAUAGCACUCUCUAUGUUCUUCUGUACUUCAAGAAAAAGUUAAUUUUGUUUAAUGAAUCUUUUGUAUCGAC